AUGGAAUUUGGAGAUGCUGCCAAUGAUACGACAUUGGCAAGUGUUGCAUCAAAUCUUGAGCCUAUCGGGCGAAUCCAAAUGAGGACGCGACGGACUCUUCGAGGACAUCUAGCUAAGAUUUAUGCUAUGCAUUGGGCUUCUGAUAGCAGAAACCUCGUAUCGGCCUCUCAGGAUGGAAAACUCAUUGUUUGGGAUUCUUAUACGACAAAUAAAGUACAUGCGAUUCCUCUUCGUUCAUCCUGGGUUAUGACGUGUGCCUAUGCCCCUUCUGGUAGUUUUGUAGCAUGCGGAGGAUUGGACAACAUUUGCUCUAUUUAUUCACUCAAAACUAGGGAGGGAAAUGUGAGAGUGUCACGUGAACUACCUGGUCAUACGGGAUAUCUGUCUUGCUGCCGAUUCCUGGACGAUAAUCAGAUUGUUACAUCUUCAGGAGAUAUGACAUGUGCGCUAUGGGAUAUCGAAACAGGUCAACAGUGUACGGCUUUCACCGGUCACACGGGAGAUGUGAUGUCGUUGAGUCUUGCGCCUGACAUGCGCACAUUCAUCUCUGGUGCUUGUGAUGCUAGUGCGAAGCUGUGGGAUAUAAGAGAUGGAAUGUGUAAGCAAACGUUUCCUGGUCACGAGUCCGAUAUCAACGCUGUCGCGUUUUUCCCGUCCGGUUACGCGUUUGCCACUGGAUCAGAUGACGCAACUUGUCGGCUCUUCGAUAUUCGUGCGGAUCAGGAACUUGCUAUGUACUCUCACGACAACAUCAUUUGUGGAAUUACUAGUGUCGCAUUUUCAAAAUCUGGCAGACUGUUAUUCGCUGGUUAUGACGACUUUAAUUGCAACGUUUGGGAUUCAAUGAGGCAAGAGCGAGCAGGUGUGUUGGCUGGCCAUGAUAAUCGAGUAUCGUGUCUUGGCGUAACGGAAGACGGCAUGGCAGUUUGCACCGGAUCAUGGGAUAGCUUCCUGAAGAUUUGGAACUGA